GACGUCCAUGCCGAGGCAGGUGAAGAACAUGUCUGGUGCAGCAGCGAUGUUCGUGUUCUUAUUGCCGGGGAUUCCAAUGUCCAUCGUUUGAAGUCUGCAUGUCCUCCAAAUGCAAGGAUUGACUUUCUGCCCGUAUCUGGUGCAAAGUAUGUGUCUGACCGGAAGGGCUUUAGAAAGCUGCUGCAUCAAGAGCUGAUGUCAGGUUGUUACGACAUAUUGUACCUGCAUCUUGGCUCUAACGAUGUUUGCUGCAAGGAUAGCGAUUUCUACCGUUGUGUGACUGAGAUCCUUGAUGUUGUAUUCAGUGUGUGCACUGAAAUACACGUGGUGCUUUGCGUGAUUCUUCCACGUGAUUUUGAUGUGAGAAUGUUUCCCCGAUGGCCACUCUCAGGGGCACAGUUGAGGAACUACUGCCAGUGGAUAAGGAGCGCAAACAGCAUGCUGUGGGAACUGAGUCACCAUGUGCCUUCUGUGAGAUACAUGGACUAUGGAGCAACUAAACAGAAGUCCCUGUUCUUGUCCCAUGAUGGACUACAUCUGAGUGCUGAAGGGGCUAGGAGGUGUUUAGCAUCCAUACAGGAUGACCUGCCAAACCAGCUGUGUGUGGAGGCUGCUGUUCAAGAUCCUACAGAAUGGCCAGCUCUCUCAGCCACGGAAGUACCGGUUCAGGAGCAUGACAGCACCAUAGCACUCUUUUCGGAUAUUGUGCAGACUGGAGAUCAACCAGAGAUUCAAGACAAGGUGGAUGCAAGUGAAGUACCAGUUCCCAGGGACAUUAAGCCUCAGACACAUAAAAUAACGGUUGUCACAGCCAGAGCUAAGAGGCUGUCAAAGAAAUGUCAAAAGAUAUGGAAAGAAGGUCAUGCUGCAGUGGAUUUGUUUACCUUGACAUUACUGAAGAUGUGGCUGUUUUCCUGCCUGCAUACAAGUUGAAUGGCUUAUGCUUGAAACGCAAGAAGAUGGAAGUCAAGACUGGUAAGGUUAAAAGGGAGAAACCUACCAUGACGAAAAAGAAGAACAAACAGAUAUUCCAGACAAUACCGGUCCCUGUGGAAGCGGUUGGCUCAAGCGAGAAGAUGACGAUAAUUACAGUGAAAAUGGACUGACCAUACACGAAAGACAAAGGACAUUAAAUAUUUACACAAAUUUUGCACCUGUAAAA